UACGAGAGCCUUUUGUGCUUUUGUGGUUAUUUUCAUUGUGCUAGCAGUUCUAGCUGCGCACACUUUCUGUCGCGCCUUUACAUUUUCUGUAAAUAUAUAAUAUAAUGAUUGGAGUUGAACCGGUUGAACUACACUGACAGCUCCCACGCUUUUGAAAAAGGUUGUGUCGUUUCAAACGUAGCAGUCAUGUCUUACACGGAAGGCAAAGUGCUCAGUCUUCAGUUCAACCAGGAUCAUGGUUGCUUCUCCUGUUGCAUGGACACGGGACUGCGGAUCUUUAACGUGGAACCACUGGCCGAGAAAGCGCACUUGAACAUGUCUCAGGUGGGCAGCCUUGCUACAUGCGAAAUGCUGCAUCGUACAAACCUGUUGGCUAUUGUUGGAGGUGGACCUUCAGCCAAGUUCGCCGACAACACUGUGCUGAUUUGGGAUGACUUGACGAAACGGUUCGUCAUGGAGUUCACUUUCCCGACCGCUGUCCUGGCUGUGAGGCUAAGGAGGGACAGGGUUUUCGUGGUGACUAGGCGUCAGAUCCACGUGAUGUCCUUUCUUAAUAACCCAGCCAAGCUCUUCACAUGUGACACGUGGGACAAUCCAAGAGGUCUCUGCCAAGUGACGCCCUCUGCUGCUGCCGAGAGGCACCUGCUAGUCUUUCCAGGUCAAAGGUGUGGCGGUGUCCAGCUUGUGGACCUCUCCGCGACAGUGCCUAGCAUGUCCAUGUCUCCAGUGACCAUUGCUGCUCAUCAAAACGACAUUGCGUGCAUAGCACUGAACCAGGAAGGCACCAUGCUUGCCACUGCGUCACAGAAGGGCACCUUGAUUCGAGUCUUUGAUACGCUGAAACGCAACCUGGUUGUGGAGCUGCGGAGAGGAGCCGACCCGGCAACACUUUACUGCAUAAACUUUAGCCAGGACUCGGAGUACAUCUGUGCUUCAAGUGACAAAGGGACAAUCCACAUCUUCGCCUUGAAGAACACCAAGCUGAACAGGCGAUCAACCUUUCAGAAGAUGGGAUUCCUGGGUCCUUACAUGGAAUCUCAAUGGGCUCUGGCAAACUUCACAGUACAAGCAGAGUGUGCCUGCAUUUGUGCUUUUGGCACUGGGUCAUCGGUGUACGCAAUCUGUGUUGAUGGCUCGUUCCACAAGUACGUCUUCACCAAGGAUGGCAACUGCAACAGGGAGGCGUAUGACAUCUUCCUGGAUGCUUGUGAGGACGAUGAUCUGUGAUAAUCUGCUACUUGUAAAUAUGUACAUAUUGUUAGUC